UGCCGUAUAACACACACGAAGAAGAAGCAGCUUUCGACAACAGUUCAGUAUCACAGUGUAAAUAAUUGUCUCGGGUUAUUUAUUCGUGUGUUUCACGUCUCCUGGUUUAAAAGUGUCCCAGCUACAGAUGAGCUGCCUCCUCUGUCACGCCCCUGUUUUAUCCCCUGGCUGCUAGCGGCAGUGGCUGGGUAGUUAGCCCGCUGUGGCUAACAGCAGCUAGCCGCAGCUAGUCAAACUUUUCCACGCCGCUAUGAGAAGAUGGAUUUGAGUGUUUUCACAGCCAGUUCCAAAGAUGACCCUUUACCUCUGGCGUCACUGCGCCUCUUGGUGCCGCCUCUGCAGCUCAUGACAGCCUCUAUGUGGCAGGUGCUGAAGAAACAAGAUGUCAUGAACUACUGGAACGUGGCAGAGUUUGUCUGUUUGGCAACCGACAUGGUCCCAGAGCUGCUGAUGUACAAGCACAGGACUCAGCUGAACCUGGGAUUAAGAGCCAGGUAUAUCCUUGAGCUGUGCCGAGGUGAAGAGCUUGUGGAAACUGACUUCAUCUUAUCUCACCUGGACAAGAUUAAAUCACACAAUCUUACACAGAUGAAGGAAUUGGAAGAGGAGGAAGUCGCAGUUAACUUUCUUGAGUUGAUCCAGACUCUGAUCAAAGGUCCUGAAGAGAGACAAGACUUUUUCUUGGAGGUCUUCCCUGCAGAGUACGGAUCACAGUAUGACACUGAUCUGGAGACCCUGUUUUGCGAGUUCAUCUGUCGACUGACUCAGCUUUUGCCUGUUCCUAACCUCAAACAGACUAUGUCAUGGCUCGGAGCUGAAUGCUCAGUGUUGGAGGAUUGUGUCCAUUCAGUCUCUAAGUCUACAGACCUGAAACACUUACUCCAGCACCACAAAGACAUGGGGCAUUUAGAGCAACAUGUUCCACCCUCUAGUAUGGGCGAGUGCAUCCUCUCCUCCCUCUCUGCGGUUCCUCCUAGCCGAAUGGCAAAAACUACAGAACAACCCAAUCAAUCAUGUGCACCGCAAGGGCUCAGUGAUGAAACACAAACGGUCUCAUUUGUGGAUAACGUAGAAGUUGAAAUAAUCACAGUGACAGAUUAUGCAGAGGUUGAAUUGGGCCCAAGCACCGACAUUGAGCUGGUAAUCGAAGAACACUGCUAUGAAAGGACAGACAGUUGCACAGUGGCUGAAGAUUCCGUGGUAGUGCCUCCUGAAAGGACGACCAGGGAAGAGGAAGUUGAUGAAGCGGGGGGAGGAGCGACACUAGCAAAAGUUGAAAGUGGUUUGACAAACGUCAUCCAAACCGAAGUUCACGAGGACGACCCGGCUUCCUCCCAACACACAGUUUCUUUGGGUCCUCAUGACUGCCCAGAAUGUGAGAAGAAAUUUAAGUUUGCCUCUUCACUAAUCGCCCACAGGGUCAUCCACACCGGUGAACGCCCCCACCGCUGCAACGAGUGUGGUCGCUGCUUCUCUUUCAGACAGUCCCUUGACCGGCACAGAUACACGCACAAAACUGGACGCAAGUACGACUGUGCGGUCUGCGGCGAGACCUUCCACUCCCUGUCAGCCCGCACGGAGCACAAACAAACACAUAUGGAAGAUGGUGUUUAUGCAUGCCAGCAGUGUAAGAGGAAAUUCACCUGGGAGCUGGCUCUUGCAAGGCACGUAAGAACUCACACCAAUGACCCGACCACUGAUAAGCCCCCAGGGAUCCUUAAGGAUGGAGAAGAGCUGGUAAUAAGUGAUGAAAUUGUCUGUGAGGAUCCAGUUCAACCGACUGAGUCUGACUGCCAGGUGGAAGCCGAAGGUGAUCAGGAUCCAGAGAAAGCAGAAGUUCAGAGCAGCGAGGGCGUCAUCCAUGAGUCUGGAGGCCCGUUCCCUGACCUUGAUAAUCAUCAAGCCACGCCCGCAGUGAACGUCCGCACAAGUGGGCGCAAACGCAAACCCACCAUGAAGAUUCAGGUGAUCAAUUUACAGAAGCGCCUGAGUACAACGAGAAAAAAGAUAACCAGGGUCAACCCUCCUGACCUGAAGCCUCUGCCUUUCAGCUGCGCAGAGCACUCGUAUGGGUCACCCAUGGUCUCGUCAAAGGACAGCAAUGAAACUGUUUUCUCCUGUCCGAAGUGCUCCUUCCACCACUCAGACGAAGUGCAGGUCCAACAGCACAUUGACACCUUUCACUCUGCUGAGACUGAGGAGGACAAGUCGUCCCUUCACCACCUCGCUGACGAACAAGAAGGUUUUAGUUGUUCAGACUGUGAGAAGAGCUUCAAGUUCCAGUCUUUACUAAAAGCACAUCAGCGGAUCCACACAGGCGAGCAGCCCUUCCUGUGUUCUCAGUGCGGACUGCGUUUCUCCUUCAAACAGUCACUGGACCGGCACAAGCAGACGCACAAGUCCGGACGCAAGUACGAGUGCCUGAUCUGCGGGGAGUUCUUCAAGUCCCUGGUGGCUCAGAGGGAGCACAAGAGCACCCACAUGGAGAACGGCGCAUACCUGUGUUCCGAGUGUGGCCGGGCGUUUGCCUGGAAGUCGGCACUGGUGAGGCACGUGAAGACCCACGGUGAAGACGCUGACAAGGUGGAGCGUCCUCACAAAUGCCCUCACUGUGACCUGGGCUUCAGCUGUGCCAGCUACCUCACCAGGCACGUCCAGACCCACCAGGAAGAAAGGCUGCACAAGUGCAACUGCGGGAAGAGCUUUGCCUACCGAGCAGCUCUGAGCGCCCACCAACGCAUCCAUCAGAGGGAGCGGCCGCACACAUGCACACAGUGCGGCAAGGGGUUCCUCUACAAGGGGGGUCUCCGGAACCACAUGAAGAUCCACUCAGAGGAGAUGCCCUUCAUGUGCUCCUUCUGCGGCAAGAGCUUCAAGAGGGAGCGCAGCAUGAAGAAGCACGAGCGCUGCCACACCAGGGAGAACGUUUUCAGCUGCUCACAGUGCGACAAGAGUUUCGUUUACAAGGCCACGCUGAUCCGACACGAGCUGACUCAUUCGGGCGAGAGGCCGUACCUCUGCUCCGACUGCGGGAAGGGCUUCUUCUCGCACGCCGAGCUCCUGAAGCACGAGCGCUUCCACACGGGCCACAAGCCCUUCCAGUGCCCACACUGCGGCAAGAGUUUCACUCAGUCUUGCUACCUGACCAUUCACCUGCGCUACCACACCGGCGUCCGGCCCUACUCGUGCACCGAGUGUGACAAGAGCUUCCUGAGUGCCAACCGCUUGAAAAGACACCAGCGAAUACAUUCAGGGGAAAAACCAUUCCUGUGUGGAGAAUGUGGGAAGAGUUUCAGGCAGUCGUAUAAUCUCAAAAUGCAUCAACGAACACAUACUAUGAAGUUAACAUAGCUGGGCAAGACUUGAACUUGGAGACUGAUAUAUUGGAAAUGGAUUAACUAAUUGUCUAUGACUUAUAAUGUAUAUUAAGUCUGGGACAAAAGCGAAAAUAUAAGUAUUAUUGCGACUGAACUGCAUCUCAUAAUAAUUUCUAAUAUGUUCACAUGCUAAAUGUCUCCUUUUAGUUAAUGGUUGUGUUGCCAUUAAAGCCCACUGAGCAGAGGAAUGUUUUUCAGAUGUAACAUCAGUGUUAAUUGACUCAAUCUUCAAAUAAUAAACAGAAGAAGGUUCUA